AUGAAGUGGCGGACGGGUAAGAGCAGACGGGAGGGCAAAGUGCAUUCAGCCACCUUCGCAUCACCAAGGACCAGCAACCUUUUCCAGGUCGCACAAAACCUUGAAGCAGCCGUCAAUUCUCAGGUGCCCAUCCCCCAGGAAUUCCUGGCCACAGUGCACCUUUGGAUGAAAUCAAGAGCGCAGACUGAAAGUGGCUUGUCGCAGAUGCAGCUCGCACAAUUCAUUGGUGCUUCAUCCUUCAACAAUCAGGUGCAGGCCAAUGUGCAGAUGCUUGCGCAGACACCGCCAGCACCAGCAUCACCACCACCGCCACCGCCACCGCCUGCAUCUCCGCCUCCCGCCUCUCCUCCUCUUGCAGGGUCUCCCCUGCCGGCAUCGCCGCCACUGCCCAUGUCGGCUCCGGCUUCAGCCCCUCUCCCAGCAUCUCCAAUGUUCAUACCCUCGCCACCGCUUCCAACCUCUCCAAUGUACGUGGAGUCGCCGCUCAUGGAUGGUGCCCGCGACCUACGGCGGCCAGCGGAGCCCUCCCAGGGGCCUAAAGGGUCCAAAGGUCCCGGAGACCGCCGCCCGGCAGAGCCCGCGAAGCCGCCUGGCACGGAAGCACGAGACAGUCGCCGACCCGCGGAACCGGAUCUGCCACCACGGAGACGACAUCCGCUUCCCCCGCCGCCAUCUUCGCCGUUCGGCUCGGCCGCCGGCAGCUCGAGCUAUCUGGGCUCCGCACAUAUUGCGGCCCCGCCAUCUUCGGCGAACUGGUCAUCGACGCAGGCCUCUCCGCUGCCCUCGCCGCCACCUCCGCCGCCUCCGCCGAUGUCUGGCUCUGCCGGAGACAGCUCCAGCUACCUCCAAUCCCCGGGUUUUGGGGCGGCGCGCUCAACAGCCUGGACAGCGACGGAGGCGACGCCACGGCAACCCGGAGACGGCACUCCCACCGUGGAUGGAGGCUGGACUCCUCAACUCUACGGUGCUUCCACCCCCACCGUGAUGCCGACGGACUCGGUCCCAACGGUUACUCAGACGGCCACCCACACGGCGACUCAGACGUCAGCGGCGACAGCUACACUGCAGAGCACAGAGGCUACGACGGCCACAUUGCCCGGCACGAACAGUGUCCCAACGGAGCGUGACAACCUCCCGGUAGAAGCACAAGACGCAGAGGCCCCGACCAAGGAGCCUUACAGCUGGAGCCUGAGCCAGGGCGCGCAAAGGAGGUUGCAUGCCAUGGCAGCAUCGCAUGUCACGACAGUCGACAGAAAGGCAGGGCCCCUGUUGCGCGGCGUGUACGUGGUGAGGCCUUCGUUCGGUAGCUGUGCUGCCUUAGCGAAGCUGCUGCUAGCCUGUUGGCUCUUGAAGUGCCAGUUUGGCCUCUUGGCCCUCUGGUUUCUGGUCUCUUCGGCCCAGAAGAUGUGGAGCAACAGCAGCAGGACGGAGGUGGAGCAGGAAAGCUUGGACACCGAGCCAGUGCCUGGCAGUGAGUCCGGGCACUUGCUCGUGGCCAACGCGGCACCUUGCGGCCCGCGGGGGAAAUGGGCUCCUUCCUACUCCACAGAGCCCACGGAGUUCGACAGUGGCAUCUGCCACGGAUCCUGGCUUUGCAUUCACAAGCCGACAGCAGACGCAGAGCGAAUGAAGGCUGGAGACUAUCCCUUUGCUGAUCACCUGCAUACCAGGAAGCGACUCUGGGAGUUCCGGUUGCAGCUGAAGUUCCGAGAGUCCGUUCCAGCUGGGAACGUUUUCUUCGGUUGUGAGCAGGAUCGCUAUUAUCAUGUCGGCACAAUUGAGCGCUACAUCUCCUCUUCGGUUAUUGCGCUUUUGAGGAAAGCUUCUGGCGAUGCCAUGUACCAGACACAUGGUGACGACCCCAAGUAUGUCCAGGGCGAAGCGGAGCGGCCGACUAUUGCCUUUCCGCUCUGGGUCAUGGACCAACUGAUCAUCACGGAGGAAGGCGACGACCCACCCGCCCUCAAUGACCCAGACUUCUCCUCCUACGGCACGGUUCGUGCUUUGGACCGGAAGCGCAUGCAGGAGGUGAUGCAGGGUCUGGACUUCCAGCCGGGCCGAACCUUCACCUUUGGCUUUUGGUGCAUUGCUCAGUUCGUCGAUGCCGUCGGCUGGCGAGUGCCAGCUCGGGGGGUGAUUCCGGAAGUGAAGCUCAAUGAGAUCGGGACGCACCCGCCGAUCUACAUCACCAUGUACCUGCUCUCGAAUCGGGAUGAAUGGAAUGUUCAGGGCACCCGUGACGAGCGGCACCUGGACUCAAGGAAGAUCUACAUUUGGCGCGUGGCUGCAUGGAGCAGUCCGUGCCUCAGAGAGCCCAGGGUCUUUGACGAGCCCUGCCUUUGCGAGACUUCAGGCUUGCUGCCGCCCACACCGAAGCGUCAGAAGGAGAAGUCCAAAUGGUCCAAACCUGGUGAUACCUAA